CCCAGCUAGCAGCCCAGUGAGAUGAAGCUGGAGAGAGAAGACUCAGGACGGCGCUCCAUCCUGGCCAGACUCAGGACCACAGGCAAGGAGGAGGCAGAGGAGGACAUCCUCAUCACACAGGACCCAGAAACAGAUGUCGCUGCCAAUCCCUCUGCAAAGGCAACAGGUGGCACCAAGCUGUCCUACCAUUGGUCAGAGGUGCCAACCAAUGAGGAGGCUCCUUGCAACAGGAGCAAGCAUGCGACCUGUGUGCAUGAUGGAAGCCUGUUUCUGUAUGGAGGACGGGACGUCAGGGCCACACGGAAGGAUCUAUGGCAGUGUGACCUACGAACCAACCAGUGGUCCAGCCUGCCAUCACAGGGUGAGGCCCCGUCACUGCUGCAGGAACAUUCCAUGGUGGCGUACAAGGGUCGGCUGUACCUGUUCGGCGGCUCGCUGGGCUGCAGCGAUGACAGCGAGAUGCCGCUGUGGAUCUACAACAUCCAGGCCGGGAGCUGGAGAAACCACCAGCCUGAGUCGGAAGUCAAGAUCCCCAUUGGUCGUCGCUGCCACACGGCUGUGAUAUCCCACAAUUCUAUGCACAUCUAUGGCGGCUACAUUGACCUGAAGGGGUCGUCAGGCGAACUGUGGACGUUUGUGUUUGAGAAUGGGCACUGGCACCUCAGCUCGGACGGCCAGACGAACCCGGCGCCCCUUCCCAGACACUCUCACUCCGCAGUGGUGCAUGAUGGCAACAUGUGGGUGUACGGAGGGUUGAACAACCUUCACCCUCUAGGUGACCUCUGGAAGUGGAACUUUGAGAAACGUGCGUGGAGUCGUGUACGGUUCAGGUCGGGGCCACCCGAGCUCAGCGGACACAGCGCAGUGAAGGCUGCCCACUGUAUGCUGGUGUUUGGAGGUCAGGACAGCACAGGCACACUCAGGCAGGACAUGUGGAGGUUCAGCUUUGCUAACCAGACCUGGGACAAGAUCAUCAUCAACAGGAUGUGGCCGUCCCCCCGUACGCAGCUGACCUUCACCUCCCUGGUGACCUUCAACCUCCAGGCUGCCACCCCCGCCACCCGCACGUGGUCCGUUCCGUUCUUCCUCGACCACGUGGGGCCGACGCCCGACGACCACCGACCACGGACGUCUCCGGCUUCUGUGGAGGAAAAACGGUUCAGGAACAGGAUCCAUCCGGUUUUCCCAAAUGGCAGAAAACGCGACAUCUCUCCACAAAGGCUUGAUGAGGGGGACGCAAAUCUACAUCGUAUGAGCCCCGUAGGCUGGUGUAGCGACAAUUCCAACAUCGAUAUUCAGACUCAAAACAUCUGGCAGGCCAAGGAAAAUUCAGGACACGAGGAUGUUGAUUCUAGAAAGGAUUUAAGGAUGGAAGAGACUGAGAAAGCUUGCACCCCGUCUAAGGGUAUGCUGGGAGAUGUCGUGCAGGAACAGGGUAAGGGUGAUGCCGGUGGACAGGGUAAGGCCUCCAUACCAGGGUUCAUCCGGACAAGCUCUGUGGAGUCCAUCCAGAUUAGCAGCAGGCUGCAGUUUUCCGCCACUCCGGAGAUUAUUGUAGACGAGUGUCCAGACAGCGGCAGCAGCGAAAGGAACCUACUAGUGCCUAGCAUGAAGAACUCACAGAGCUUUCCCGAUGGGAUCGUGAACAGGAAGAGAAAAACGCUGAAACACGAAAAGGUCGGGAUAGAAAAUGCAGCUUUCGUCGGCGCCGAAAUUCAGCAGAGUUUGGAAGACCUUCAGCUUGAGGACUUGGAGGACUCCGCGGCCUUGGAUGCAGAGUUCAGUCGUUACCAUGGCAGCAGAGCUUCCCAUGGCAACAGGCGUGAUUCCUAUGGCAACAGGCAAGAUCUCCAUAGCAACAGACAGGAUUUGAAUGACUCUAGGACUGGCUCACUCGGCAAGCUAAACUCUUAUGGAUUCACGCAAAGUUCUAAGGAACCGACAAGCCACAACGAGAGGAGGAAAGUUCCGGUACACAGACUGACAGCAACAAACGUUUCUUCUUCAAGUGAAAAUCAGGGGUUCAACAACAGCAUUUCCCUGCCACUGAGUUCGUCAUCUUCCUCUUUGACAGUCACCUCUUCUGCUGCAAGUGAUAGGGACUCCUUAUCAAAAGACUCUCUUACAUCCCGACUUCCUUCAACCUCUGGUUUUACUCCAACUUCGGCUUACGAUGACUCAGAAGUUGCCAGCGCGUUCAUGCCGUGUAUGGGUGUGACCAGUGUGGUAGCGUUGGGUGGGAGAACUGCAGGUGUUCACUACGCCAACAAGCCCCUGUCUGUGUGGAAGCUGGAUGUGACACCGCUGCAGUAGGGCUGGGUAGUGCAGACGGCCAGGCAAAAGCUGCAUAGCUUUUACUCAGUACUUACAUUGUAAUCUCUCCAUCCUGUGUGGGACAGAAGGAUGUGAUUGAACUAGAAAACA